AUGGUCAAGUUCACUGCAGCUUCCUUCUUCGAAGCUCCAACAAUAUCGCCAGCAACUGCGAAUCCGAGCGGCACGUAUGCCCUUUACCAAGAAACUUCCUACAGUUUCCAAAGCCACUCCAAAAGGAUGAUCAUCAAAUUGCUCAACUUGGCGACCAAAGAGCAAACCGAUAUCCUUGAGGGUGCCGACGCAGCACCAGCAGUCUGGCUCUCGGACAAUGACUUCGUAUGGCUCAGUACGCGAAAGACUGGCAAUACGCAGCUGUUCGUGGCAAACAUCGACACUCCCAAGGACGUGCAGCUCGCCGGCACCAUCGUCGGCACCGCUCAUGGACUAAAGGUAAAGGUACUGGACCAGAGUGGCGACGGCGCAGCAAUUGCUUUCGCGGCACGAGCGAAUGCAGACGGGACGCUAUGGAAUGCCCAUGACGAGCCGGAGAAGGCUCAGAGUAGUGCACAGUACUACACGAGCAACUAUGUCCGGCAUUGGGAUUCGUGGAGUACGCCUCAGCGGAAUGCCAUCUUCUACAGCUAUUUGCGCCAGGAUGAGCAAGGCAGGUACGAAAUGCUGCAAGUGUACAACGCGCUGAGGCCGACGCACGAGAAGCUGGAGUCUCCGACCCCACCGUUUGGAGGCGCUGAAGAUUUCGACAUUGGACAGCCUGGCUUGGUAUUCGUCGCGAAAGAUCCCGGGAGAGACCACAGCCUCUCUACUGCACGAGAUGUCUAUCUUUUGAAGACAGACUUCAGAAGCGCUGCCGGUAAAGCUAUAAAAGUAGCUACGCCUGGGCUUGAUGGGCAUGCAGGGUUUCCUUGUUUCUCUGAUGAUGGACACAAGAUUGCCUUUCUCAAGAUGAAACACGAAGGUGCAGAGGCGGACAAGCAGAGACCCAUGGUGGUCGAAGAUAUACCGUCACUGUCCGCAAGAGAGCUCUUACAAUCUUCUGAUGGGAAAGGCUCCUGGCCGUUGACCCCAGAGACUCUCGCCUUCUGGGACGACAACACGCUGCUACUCACUGCUUUCGACAAGGGCCGUUGCCCCCUCUUUGUGCUUGAUACGAAGCAAUCCGGAUCUGAGCUUCCCAGAAAACUAACACAACACGGCAGUGUCAAAUAUGCAGAGCGAAUUGGCCCACACAAGCUCCUCUUCACCGGAGACAGCUUAACCGACAGUGGAUAUAUUGGAGUCCUAAACUUGGAGAAAGGCUGUGAAAAUGACAUUCAGCUCGACAUGAUAGUCUCUUCAGCAGAGUACAGCAAGAAGCUCGGCCUCUCCCCAGAGCAAAUUUCAGACAUGCACUGGAAAGGAGACCACGAUCGCGACCUUCACGCCCUGAUCAUGAAACCAUCAAACUUCAAUGAGAACAAGCUGUAUCCCAUCUUCAUGCUCAUCCACGGCGGUCCGCAAUACACCGUUCCAGACAGCUGGAACGACGCUGGCAAUCCUCGGCCCCAAAUCUGGGCGGAGCAAGGGUACGUCGUCGUUGCGCCCGACUUCACCGGCUCGCGCGGCUACGGGCAAGACUUCAUGGACGCCAUCCGCAACAACUGGGGCGGCUCGCCAUACGUUGAUCUGGCGAAGUGUCUCGACCACCUGGAGAAGAACGUGGAAUACGCAGACGUCUCGCGCGCCGUCGCGGGCGGCGUGUCCUUUGGUGGCUACUUGACAAACUGGAUCCAAGGCCAGGAGCUGGGGCGUAGGUUUAAAGCGCUCUUCACCCACAAUGGCGUCUUUUCCAUGUACAGCCUCCUCGCUACUGACGAGCUCUUCUUUCCCCGCCAGGACCUGGGUGGCUUUCCGUGGGAUUCGGCGGAGCUGCGCGAGAAUUGGGAGAGAUGGGAUCCCGCGCGCUUCGCCCAGAACUGGGCGACGCCCCAUCUCAUCGUGCACACAGACCGGGAUUUCCGCCAUGGGGUUGAAAACGGACUUGCGGCAUUCAAUGUGCUGCAGAGCAAAGGGGUGCCGUCUGCGUUUCUGCAUUUCCAAGACGAAAGACAUGUGCCAGAGGAGCCGGAGAAUCUGCUCGUCCUAUACCACGCGACCUUGAACCUCGUCAACAAAUACGUCGGGCUACCAGCAGCAGCUGAAGAGAUUGUCCCUAUUCGGUAG